AUGGUAAGUAGAUUUAUGCAGAAGCCAAUGAUAUCACACCUAACAGCGGUGAAGAGGAUAUUGAAGUAUCUAAAAGGAACGCUCAAUUAUGGCAUUUUAUUUCCUGCAGCUGAUAAAGGAAAAGAAUGCAAGUUAUUAGGGUACACUAAUUCAAGUUGGUGUAGUGAUGCUGAAGAUCGAAAAUCCAUAGCAGGAUAUAUGUUUAUGCUAGGUAGUGCACCAGUUGCUUGGAGUUCGACAAAGGAACUAAUAAUGGCAUUAUCUUCAUGCGAAGCAGAAUACAUAGCUGUUUCCAUUUGUGCAUGUCAAGUAACAUGGAUGGUGAACUUGGUCGAAGAGAUAACAAGUAAAGAUCAUGGAACAAUUACCAUGAAGAUUGACAGCAUGUCAGCUAUCAACCUGACGAAGAACCCAAUAGCACAUGGUCGAAGCAAGCACAUCAAAAUGAGGUUUCAUUAUCUUCGAGAGCAUGUAGCUAAAGGGAAGAUAAACUUGGAACACUAG